AUGGGAAAAACGCAAAAUGGAAUAAAUUCAAAUAUUGGAGAAACGCAAAUACGGGUAAUCGGAAAUAUGGGAAAAACGCUAGUAUGGGAAAAACGCAGGUAUGGGAAAAACGCAAAUAUGCGAAAAACGCAAAUAUUUGAAAAACGCAAAUAUUUGAAAAGCGCAAAUAUGGGAAACUCGCAAAUAUGGGAAAAACGAAAAUUUGGGAAACGUAAAUAUGGGAAAGACGCAAAUAUGGGAAAAGAUGCAAUUAUGGGGAAAGACGCAAUUAUGGGGAAAUACGCAAUUAUGGGGAAAGACGCAAUUAUGGGGAAAGCCACAAUUAUGGGGAAAGACUCAAAUAUGGGGAAAGACGCAAAUAUGGAGAAAGACGCAAAUAUGGGGAAAACGCAAAUAUGGGGAAAACGCAAAUAUGGUGAAAGACGCAAAUAUGGGGAAAACGCAAAUAUUGGGAAAACGCAAAUAUGGGGAAAACGCAAACAUGGGGAAAACGCAAAUAUGGGGAAAACGCAGAUAUGGGGAAAACGCAGAUAUAGGGAAAACGCAGAUAUGGGGAAAACGCAAAUAUGGGGAAAACGCAAAUAUGGGGAAAACGCAAAUAAGGGAAAAACGCAAAUAUGA